UUCUGACGGGAUGAAGUCAUGGGCAGAUGGGCAGUGGCUGGGAGCCUUUGGGGAAAAGGAGUUGAAGGCAGUUCUUUCUCGUAGUUUGGAGCUUGCUGGCUCUGCGAACCCAGUGGAUAUACUUGUGCUGUAAUUUACAAUAGUGCUUUCUUCGAAAGGAGGGAAUCGUUUUGGUGGGCUGGAGGCAGCUGGAAAAAUCGGUGCCCGUCUUGUUUUAUGUGCUGCGACUCAAAGGCUCUUCUGCUUUAUUCACCCUUAAUAUACACGGAAGAGUGUCUAAAGUGAAUCUCUAUCAGAAAGACAAAGAUCUGAAAGAAGUUUUGGUUUUGUACUACAUUCAAGGUGUAGUUCGACACGUAUUGUGAUACUUGCAUAGUGGCAAAACUAAUACAGUUUUUACUCAAUAGAAAUAUCCGAAAGUUCAGCAUUGAAAUAUAUGUUGCAAAUUGAGAGUUUAAACUGUAUUGAUUAAAAGUGAAUCCGAGUGAUUUGUUGUGGAACUGAAGUUGCAGUAUGAAUUGGACAAAACUUUGAGUAUUUAGGCUUGAAAGUUGCCAAAUGGCUGCUUUGUGCCAAGUACUCCUCUGUUUAGAUGACAAGUGAAGCAGUUCAGAUAGCCUCAAUGCAGACACCUGAAAAAGAUUCCAUGUGUCCAGGCAACGAUACUGGAGCCUGCUGCCAGAAAAAAAGGAAAUAUCAAAAUAAAGCAGAUGUUGUGUCCUGUACUGUUAUCUCAAGGUUUUGCAAGUCAUUCUGUUAUGUGCUUCUUGGCAGCAGGAAUGUAAACUAAUUCUUACAGCACUGAACUAGAACCUUGACAAGGUUACAGUUACAGAUUCAAUAUUGCAUAAACAUGGGUGCAUUUUUGGAUAAACCAAAAACUGAGAAACAUAACGCUCAUGGUGCAGGGAAUGGCUUGCGUUACGGCCUCAGCAGUAUGCAGGGAUGGAGAGUGGAAAUGGAAGAUGCUCACACAGCUGUUGUAGGUAUUCCCCAUGGCUUAGAGGACUGGUCCUUUUUUGCUGUCUAUGAUGGUCACGCGGGAUCUCGUGUUGCAAAUUAUUGCUCCACGCACUUAUUAGAACACAUCACUAACAAUGAAGACUUUAGGGCGACAGAAAAACCUGGAUCUGCUCUUGAACCUUCAGUGGAAAAUGUCAAGAGUGGAAUCAGAACUGGCUUUUUGAAAAUUGAUGAGUAUAUGCGCAAUUUCUCAGACCUCAGAAAUGGGAUGGACAGAAGUGGCUCAACAGCAGUGGGAGUUAUGAUUUCACCUGAGCAUGUAUACUUUAUCAAUUGUGGUGAUUCACGUGCUGUUCUCUAUAGGAAUGGACAAGUCUGUUUUUCAACACAGGAUCACAAACCUUGCAACCCGAGGGAGAAAGAGCGAAUCCAGAAUGCAGGAGGCAGUGUAAUGAUUCAGCGUGUUAAUGGUUCAUUGGCAGUUUCUCGAGCUCUGGGGGACUAUGACUACAAAUGUGUUGAUGGUAAAGGCCCUACAGAACAACUUGUUUCUCCAGAGCCUGAGGUGUGUGAAAUUUUAAGGGCAGAAGAAGAUGAGUUUAUCAUCUUGGCUUGUGAUGGAAUCUGGGAUGUAAUGAGCAAUGAAGAGCUCUGUGAAUUUGUAAAGUCUAGACUUGAAGUAUCAGAUGACCUGGAAAAAGUGUGCAAUUGGGUAGUGGACACUUGUUUACAUAAGGGGAGUCGUGAUAACAUGAGUAUCGUAUUAGUUUGUUUUUCAAAUGCUCCUAAGGUCUCAGAUGAGGCAGUGAAAAAAGAUGCCGAGUUGGAUAAGUACUUGGAAUCACGGGUUGAAGAAAUUAUGGAAAAAUCGGGUGAAGAAGGAAUGCCUGAUCUUGCUCAUGUUAUUCGUAUUUUAACUGCGGAGAAUAUCCCUAAUUUACCACCAGGAGGUGGUUUAGCUGGCAAGCGUAAUAUUAUUGAAGCUGUGUAUAGUAGGCUGAAUCCACACAGGGAGAAUGAGGGGGGUGCUGGAGAUCUAGAAGAUCCGUGGUAGCCUUACAAAUCUACUAAAAUGCUUUUGAUUCUGAAAGGGGGAAAAAAACUUUUAAAUCUGAUUUCUUCAAUACAAGGGAAAAAUUCUGGUGGAUUUCCAACAUUUUGUGAAAUGGGCAGAAAAAUAUUAGAAUUUUCCAUCAUUUGUUCAUUUUUGUGUUUUCUGAUAUUGCCACUCUUAGCAUUGCCUGUACUACAGUAUUUUUACCAGCCUCAGGCAUACUGAUUACAUCUGUAAUGAACUUUGGCCCUAAAAAGGAAGGAAGGAAGGAGUCUCUCAGCAGACCAGUCGGUGUAUGUACCUGAGGUGCAUGGGAUUGUAGGUGUACUCUGAAGAUACACUUUGGCCAAAUGAAACGUGCAACACACAAGCAUGAGAGAGUACAAGUAAUUGUUUGAGACAUUACUUAUUUCACUUUACCGAGUUGGAAGGCUUUGCAGCUCUGUGGCUUGGAAGUAAUUUUAAUUGGGCAAUACGCUAUCAGAUGUGUAUUUUAUUUCCUUUUUUUUUUUUUUUUUUAAAUUUUCCAAUUUUACCUGUAUUACCAGACCGUUGGGUUUCCCUGCGGUGUCCAAAUUGUGAUACAUUGCCUACUGCUUGCUUGAAGAUAAGUGUAUUUGGCAAUAAUAUAUGAAGAUUCUAGGCAUCUAAAACCAGUAAGAAUUUUACGCAUGUGUACAACACACCCUUAAACUCUUGCUAGAGAAAAUCUUUUAAAAAAAACCAAACUGGUGAAUUUAUAGUUAGUAGUGACUUGCUUUGACAUCUCUCACAGCUGCAGGUUUUUUUAAAAAUGCUGAAAAUUUGCCUUUAUUAUAAUGUAAAUUGUGAUUAUUUUUUUGUUCUAUAUGUGGUUUUCUAUAGUUUUUUUGAUUUUUUUCAGCUUAAGAUACAGAAGUCUUGUGUAAUAUGGGUAUAAUUUUUAAUUGUUUGCAUUAUUUUCAAAGUUCAAAUUAUCACUUUGAGAUUACUAUAAAUACACUUAAAAUUAUCUAUUUUAAAUUAAGAAAAUAUUAGAGAUAUUUUCAUGGGUUCGAUGACCUUUCAUUUUAUAAGCAAUGGGCAUGGUACAGAGUGGCUGUCAUGUAAGGUACUUGAAGAUUCUUAGUUUAAUUCUAUUUUUGCAAUAACCUUGACUUUUUUUCUGACUUCUUUGAGUUGUGCAUGUAAUGAGUCCAGUAAAUGCUGAAAAUGGGGAAGAGUAAAGUAUUUAUCUAAAAUAAAAGCUAUUGGGGAGGGGAAACAAUGAAUGUAUCCAUCUGUACAUGAUUUACAUGCUGUGGAUGCCUUGUAAACAUUUUCCUAUUUGUUUAAACUGUGUUUCAGCGAGGAUGUAAUUGCCCUUGUGUGUAGUUUUAAGCUAAUGACAGUCAUCAACUGGUUUUGUGUGAAAUGAAAUUCAUGGUAUUUUUCUGUAACUUUAUCCCCAUGGUGAGUCUGUAAAAACCACACACUCUUUCAUACUGGUGCCGAAGGCCAGCUUUCCCAGUCAUUUUGAUUCACUGUGUAUCUGAUUUUUUUUUUUUUUUUUUUUUUUUUUGGUCUAGAGAGGAUUAUUGCCACAAUAUAUUUUAUUUAUUCAUUAGAUUUUAGCCUUGUAAGUUAAAGUGUUUUAAAUGAUGAUGUUAACAGGUAUUUGUCCCUUUACUGGUUUUUUUGGGGUUGUUAAAAGAUAGGGAAUGAAGAAUGCAAAAUGGUUUAUUGUUCAGACUGUCCGCUCUGGUCCAACCCUGUACUGAUAGUACCUUCCCAGUAUGAUAUUGUGAUGUUUCAUACAAUACAGUGAACAUAACCAACUUGUUAUCUUCAAUAAAGGAUUGCUAAAACAGUGUGA